UCUUCGAUCCCACUCCUUCACCGGGCUCACUCUUUGUCGUCUUUUUCUUCCUCCCCUUGCGAGCUUCUCGCCUUCCAUAAGAGAUCGCUAUUGGAAGCUUACUGCUGCUUAAUUAUCUCUUAGCUUUUCUUGAAGAGUUUUAAUUUGGAAGAAAUACUUAUUUGGACUUCAAAUACAUUACAAGGUGUAGGUGGUGCUUUGUGUUGUUGAUUGUGAAGAGCUAUUCAUUGGUAAACCAUGUCAAGUGGUUCGAACACGCACUGGUGCUACAGAUGUAUGCUAGCAGUUCGACCUCAUGGAAGGGACAAGCUUUGCCGCAAUUGUAAUGGAGGCUUUGUGCAAGAACUCAAUGACAUGGGUGACAACAUGAACAAUUUUUCGGAAAUGGAUCCUAGUAACUAUCUUGAUCCUCGCUUUCAACUUUUUGAUGCCAUUUCCACCAUGAUGAGGCAAAGGAUGGCAAGGAUGGGUGAAGGUAUCAACUUGCAUAAUGGGCCUGAUAUGGUAUUGAGUGGUGGAAUAGGAUCUCCAUGGCUGCUAUUUCGUGGCCAAGUUUCAGAGGAUGGAGGGCUUGAGGCUCUCCUCAAUGGUGGCUCUGGCAUAGAGAUAGGAAGGGCCACCAUUACAGACUACUUCAUGGGGCCAGGGCUGCAGGAUUUGAUUGAACAAUUGACACAAAAUGCUCACCUAGGUCCUCCACCUGCUUCAAGAUCAUCAAUUCAUGCCAUGCCUUCAGUCAAGAUCAGUCGGAGGCACCUUCGAGGUGAUUCUCACUGUGCUGUAUGUAAAGAAAGGUUUGAGUUGGGAUCUGAGGCACGAGAAAUGCCAUGUAAACACUUAUACCACUCAGAUUGCAUCAUUCCUUGGCUAACACAGCACAAUUCUUGCCCUGUCUGCCGCCAAGAACUACCAUUAUAUGGAAGACAAAGUGAUAAUAGCAAUGAUUCUGGUGCUAGGGAGGGUAGAGGGACAAAUCAAGGAAGGAGGAAUCCUUUCUCAUUCUUGUGGCCUUUUCGCUCUUCAAAUUCUACAUCUAGUUCUAGCCAACAAGAGUCAUAAGAGCUUAGUUUUAUUUCUACUGGUCAAGAAACACACCAGAUGAGUUAUCCUGGGCGGUUUUUCAAUUAGUAGAACAUUGCUUUUUCUUUAUUAAUUUCCUUUUCCAGUUUCUUUGAACUUAUUUUGGCAUCAGAAUUCUUUUGGAAUGAGAGUGGUUGAAAUUUUAAAUAUGCAACUUUUAUUCAGUGUUCCACUGUUGGAUGUUGCGUCUGAUUUUGGAUCUUUUAUAAAGUCUAAAUUAUCACACUAAUGUUGCCAAUAGAGAAA